AUGCUUGGCUGGAGACACAAAACUACGCUGUAUUCUGUCUUUGAAGUGCAUCUGUCUGAGGCUGCUGGCGGCCCGAAGGCUCCGGGGAAGGAGCCGGCUCCCACGUUCCCGAUCAGCACUGAGCAGAGGCAGCAGCUGCGAGAGGCCUUUGACACGUUCGAUCCCGACGGCUCCGGCCUGAUAGAUGUCAAGGACCUGAAGCUAACGAUGAGAGCUCUGGGCUGUGAACUCAGAAAAGCGGAGAUGAAGAGAAUUAUCUCUGAAGUUGAUGAGAAUGGGUCAGGGAAGAUAAACUUUGAGUCAUUUCUGCGGGUGAUGACCCAGAAAAUGGCGGAGCCAUUUUCAAAAGAGGAGAUCCUGAAAGGUUUCAAGCUGUUUGAUUAUGAUGGCACCGGCAAGAUCUCUUUUGAGAAACUCAAGCUGGUGGCUAGUGAGGUUAAAGAAGACAUCACAGACGAUGAGCUGCAGGAGAUGAUUGAUGAAGCAGACGUGGAUGGAGAUGGGGAAGUGGAUCCAGAAGAGUUUUUGCGGAUUCUGACAUUGUCCGACCUGUAACUACAUGAUUUUCUUUUUUUCUCCCAUUCAAUUGUAAACAACUGUUUGCAGUAUCACUUCUUUCCAACUUUUGAAUUUUUU